UCCACAUUUUAUCCAUAUAUCUCAAACAUAUUCACAAAUUUAACCAAAGUCUCCACACACAAAAUGAAAGGGUCUUCUUUUGUUGCUAAUGUCCAAAAUUUCUCCAUUUCUCCUUCUUUCAUAAGUUCUAACUAUAGAACUAUUUUUCCUAGUCAUGUGACAUUGAAACCAUUAUUGUCAAAGGUGAAAGUUUCUUGGCUAAACCAUGGUACUUGUGUUGUUCAAAAACAACAAAAGGGUAAAAGUGGGUUUGUAGUGGAAUGUACUAAUUGGAGUUUGGUGAAAGAAUUGGAAAGAGAACUUGAAGAUGAGUUUGAUAGUGUAGAAAAGAGUAAAAGUGGAAUGACAAGGUUUAGAGAAAAGUGUGGAGAAAAUAACGGAGUUGUGGAGUUGUUGGAGUGUUUGGAAAAGGAAGCAAUAAUGGGUGAUGAUGUGGGGAAAGAGCCUAAUGAUUACAAUAGAAGGGCUCAGAUAUUUGAUAGAAGCUCUAGAGUAUUCCAAGCCCUUAAGGAAUUCAAUGAUCAUGUUUGAAUCAAGUGACUUUUAUGGAUUUGGAUCUUUUAUGUUUAGGUCAUUCAUUCAUGCAUUUGAAUAAUCGAUAAUUAUAUAAUUGAAAAUGUUAAAUUAUCGAUUUAUCAAAUAUAUGAAAGUGCAAAUUUUCAUCUACACAUGAUUUUGACUUGUUUCAUAAUUGUAUUAGAAACAAGCAAAUGUAUUUAUAGUUGUAUUACUCUAGAUCCCUCUUUUGUAUGUAGUGUAUUUUAAGGUUUACUCAUUGCCAUUGCAAAGAUGAAUUCAAGAGUUUUAACGUUGUUAAA